GGGGUCAGUCCCGCUCGGCCGGCUCCCUACGAGCUGAGCACUCAUUAACCCCAGUACCGAACACUCAUUAACUCCGGUACCGAGCACUCAUUAGCUCCGCGGGGCUGGGCUGGCGGCUCCUUCCCGGGGAGGCCGGGCCUGCAGAGCCAUCCCCUCCUCUCUCGGCUGCGGGGCAACGGUGAGGGCCGGCCGGGCCCCUCCACGCCAUGGCGGCUCCGUGCUACCUGGGCUGGGACUUCAGCACGCAGCAGCUAAAAGUCGUUGCUAUUGAUGAGCAGCUGAGAGUCAUUUAUGAGGAUAAUGUUCAUUUUGAUAAAGACCUCCCGGAAUUCAAGACUCAAGGUGGAGUCUAUAUUCACAGUGACAGGCUGACAGUCACUUCUCCUGUGCUAAUGUGGGUCAAGGCUCUGGAUAUGAUUUUGGAAAAGAUGAAGUCUUCAGGCUUUAACUUCUCUCAAGUCAGAGCUUUGUCUGGUGCUGGCCAGCAACAUGGGAGUGUGUACUGGAAAAAAGGAAGCAGCCACAUUUUGAAGAACGCCCCAUCUGAACUGCCUUUACAUCAGUCACUAAAGGCUUGUUUUUCUGUCAGUAACAGCCCCAUCUGGAUGGAUUCUAGCACAGCUUCCCAGUGCAGUGCUCUGGAGAAAGCUGUUGGGGGGGCACAGCAGCUCGCAAGUCUGACAGGUUCUCGAGCAUAUGAGCGUUUUACAGGAAACCAGAUAGCAAAGAUUUACAGCCAGAAUCCUGAGGUCUACCUGCAGACUGAGAGAAUCUCUUUGGUUAGUAGUUUUGCAGCUUCCCUCUUCCUAGGAGCAUAUGCACCCAUCGAUUACAGUGAUGGUUCUGGUAUGAACUUGCUGCAGAUUUGGGAAAAGACAUGGUCAGUGUCCUGUCUUGAUGCCUGUGCACCUGGAUUAGAGGAGAAGCUAGGAUGCCCUGUACCAUCCCAUUCAAUCCUGGGGCCCAUUUCUCCAUAUUACAGUCAGCGUUAUGGGUUUAGCCCAGACUGUAAAAUAGUAGCAUUUACAGGAGACAAUCCAGCAUCCCUGGCAGGGAUGAGACUUCAAGAAGGAGAUAUUGCAAUUAGCCUUGGCACAAGUGACACAUUGUUCCUGUGGAUCCAAGAACCAAGUCCUGCCUUAGAAGGUCACAUCCUCUGCAAUCCUGUUGAUUCUCAAACAUUUAUGGCACUUUUAUGUUUUAAGAAUGGCUCCCUGAUGAGAGAGAAGAUCAGAGAUGAUUGUGCUUCAGGCUCCUGGGAUGAAUUCUCCAAAGCUUUGUCAUCCACUGCUGCAGGAAACAAUGGAAACUUGGGUUUCUACUUUGAUGUGAUGGAAAUUACUCCUGAAGCAGUUGGGAUUCACAGAUUCAACAGAAACAAUGAAAAGGUUUCAGACUUUCCAAAGGAGGUGGAAAUACGAGCAGUGAUUGAAGGGCAGUUCAUGGCCAAGAGGAUUCAUGCUGAAAAGCUGGGGUAUAAAGUCAAGCCCAGAACAAGGAUUUUGGCUACUGGUGGUGCAUCCCACAAUAAAAAGAUCUUACAGGUCCUGUCUGACGUGUUCAACGCACCGGUGUACACUAUUGAUACUGCCAACUCUGCUUGUCUGGGAAGUGCUUACAGAGCAAUUCAUGGGCUUGUGGCUGAGACGAAUGUGUCCUUGGCUGAUAUUGUGAAAUUAGCACCAGAGCCUAAAUUGGCUGUCACACCAACUGCUGGGGCUGAGGAGCUCUAUCGUCCACUUCUGAGGAGAUAUGCUGAGCUUGAACAGAAGGUUAUCUGCAAUGCAACCUCUUCUUGUCUUCUGAAAUAGACGCAAACCAAAUUUAUAGGUCAUCAGAAGAGUGGACUCCCAAGGAGAAGAUCACAAAAGAUUUGCUCAGAAUUUACUGGUGUUGUUUAAAUAAUUUUGUUCCUCUUUGUAGACAAAUAAUUUUUAAAUGUCUGUGUUUGUGAAAAAAAUUCCAUUGUGAUUGAAAACCUGACUAAAAAAGCAUCAUGUUGCUCUGUGUGUUUGUGACUUCAGUUUUCUUGGGUACUUUCUAGAUCUUGCAGCUUGGGAAUAGCUGGAUAACAAAGUCCAUUGCAGGUAUGAAUCAUUCUACCCACCUGUAUCAGCUUUGAUUCCAUGUGUUGGGCAUCCUGGCCUCUCUGCAUACCUAUCCAGCACAGUAUCUUAAUUCUACUGCUUCUGCUUAAAUCUUUUGAGACUAUCUUUCUGUACAUCUGUAAUGUGUCAAUGUUUGUAUCUUUGCCUACAUGACACCGAGAGAAAGCAUAAGAACUCAGACUUAAUCCUAUCUUUCUUUAAUAUGUGGAGAUUUGUGGGGUGAAGGCUGAUUAAAGUCUUGAAAGACUCCCUGGGAUCCUCAGGAAAGGGGAAUUCUUGUUCUAUGACUCUAUGGAUGUAAAGUCUGUUGUGUGAUAAAACAUGAUGUGGUUGGAUUUUAUAAAUUAUGGAAAGCACAAAGGCCUUGUGUGAUGCAGACUCUAUUGUACUGUAUUUUACUUGACAUCAGCUAAGUUAAAAAAGAAAAUAAGGGAACAAAUGU